GCCUAGGUGUUACGAACCAACAGAGUAACAAUGGAAUUCAAGUACUCAACAGAUCUUUGACCAAAAUGACAUUUCUUCCUAUUAGCCACUAACUCAUGUGACUGCAGUAUUUGGUUGACGAUGCAAUUGAUAUUAUGGAGUACAUUGUUGAUGUGAGGGAGGAAAAGCUUGGGACAACACACUUCGAUGUUGUUGAUGAGAAGAGAAGGUUGGAUGUGUUGUUGAAGGAAACAGGUAGAGUUCGGAACAGAAAAACCAUGUCACUUCCUUCUAGAUGUCUUUGAGACAAGGUCAAGGAGUUGGUCUUAUGUCGAACGCCCUGGCAUGUUCUUUGCCUUCUUUGCUGCACAGAUGGUGGCAACUCUCAUUGCUGUGUAUGCACACUAGGGAUUUGCUAGAAUCAAUGGAAUUGGUUGGAGAUGGGCUGGAGUAAUCUGAAUCUUCACCGUCGUUACUUACAUUCUUAUCGACGUCCUCAAAUUCAUCAUCUGUUUGGGAUUGUCAGGCAGGGCCUGGGACAACAUGAUUGAUAAUAAGACUACUUUCACAACAAAGAAGGACCACAGAAGAGGAGAAAGAGAGGCACAAUGGGCUACGGCUCAACGCACACUCCAUGGUCUCAAAGUUACAGAAACUAAGAGCAACAGCAGCCAUCAUGAACACUCUGAAAUUGCUGAACAAGCCAAGAGACGUGCCGAGGCUGCCAGGUAAACUAUGAAGACCAUAUAUGUUAAAGAAAUCUCUUUCAGAUUGCUUCUUUUUCGCAACAACGCCGGCAGCCCCCGACGUAGAGGUAAGGUUUUUAAUUCAACAACUCGAUCAGAAAAGAGAGGAUUUUACGGCCAAACCAUGAGUUUUGCUACGGCCAAUAACAUUAUAGGUUUCUACUCCCAAUGGUACCAGUCGAGAUUUGAGGAAGAUAUUUUGAAAAAGCAAGCCAUCCCCUCCAGCCGGGACAUCCUACAGGUGAAAGAUCUUUCUUCUACAGAUGUGCUGGACAAGCUUACUGAUUUCCUAGGUCCUACAAUAGAAAAAAUGGAAAAUUCACAGCCAAUUUCAUUUACAAUUCCUUCUCGCGGCAAAAAGUAUCAGUUCUAUGAUUCUGCUCGGAAUCGUUAUCUUCUCGAGAAUAACAUGGCCACGAAGCUCUCCUCAGGUGGCACUUCCGUUAGAGCUGCAAACACUGUAUUUGUGAUGAUGAUCAUCUAUGAGUUGCUGAGGAACGGCAAGCGCACCACUUUGCGGGCCAUUUAUUAUAAAGUUGCUCCUAUGUUCAAGAAUCAGAAGGAAUGUGAUUCAACCAUAGAUGAUAUUGCUUGCUUCCUAUUAUGCCGUCGCGAAAAUCUCAACAUCGUUGCAGCCGACAAAGGGGAGGUGGUCGGAAAUCUAUCCUAUACUGUGGAAGGUGAUAGAAUUGAAUGCUUGAAGAGAUCUCAGGUGAUUCCUGAUUCAAAGGGGUUGGCAGGUAUUCAGAGUAAAGCUAGAUUUAUUUUGGUUAUUGAAAAACACUCUACGUUUUUUGAACUAUGUGAGCAUCAGUUUUUCGAUAAAAUGCCAUGUAUACUCAUUACAGCAAGGGGGUACCCCGAUGUGACCACAAGGAGGUUCCUGAAUAUCUUGAGUGUGGAACUCAAGAUUCCGGUAUUCGGUCUAUUUGACUCAGACCCAUUCGGAUUUCAUAUAUUUUCUGUUUACAAAUGUGGUUCGGAAAACAUGUCCUACGACUCUGCAAAUUUGACCACGCCGGAUAUGAAGUGGCUGGGAAUUCUACCAUCCGAUAUCGGGAAAUACAAUAUUCCUAGGUUCUGUGGCAUAAAUAUGACAGAGUAUGAUAUUUUAAGUUGCCAUAGGAUGUUGAGAGAGAAGAAUAUUGUCAGUGACCAUGAUUCUUUGAAG